AUGCAAUCAAUAUCCGAGCUAAACUCGGGUAGUCGCAAUCCGAGGGUUUCGAUAACCGAUUCAAACUCGGCUGCGGCUCAGCCGAGAUCAACCGAUGAAAUCGCCAUCGGUGGUUGGGCCAACCGAGCGACUGGGACCUCGGAAGGUCAGAAACCGAUGAUUUUGAGAUCAUUGGUUGCUGGCUCAACCGAGGCAAUCACAAUUUUUUUGGUUUCCCCCGGAGAACUGGUACAUGCCAGUUCUCCGGGGACAAACCCUCCUCGGAGAACUGGUACAUGCCAGUUCUCCGCGGAGAAACCCUCCUCGGAGAACUGGUACAUGCCAGUUCUCCGGGGAGAAACCCUCCUCGGAGAACUGGUACAUGCCAGUUCUCCGGGGAGAAACCCUCCUCGGAGAACUGCUACAUGCCAGUUCUCCGGGGAGAAACCCUCCUCGGAGAACUGCUACAUGCCAGUUCUCCGGGGAGAAACCCUCCUCGGAGAACUGGUACAUGCCAGUUCUCCGGGGAGAAACCCUCCUCGGAGCUCCGCGGAGAAACCCUCCUCGGAGCUCCGCGGAGAACUGAAAUUAAGCAGAUAA